CAUUUGUACUUGUUGGCUUGUGGCAGAUGUAUAAUUUGGUGUUGCGCUUGGAGGAAAUUGUUGCUUCGUAUGUGAUUUUAGUCAAAUCUGUGACACCAUUGCCAUUUUUUUUUAAUGCGAGAGGAUCCUGAUCAUCUCGCCACAAAAAUGAAAAAAAAAUGUGCUUCAGUAGAAAUUUGGAUUGAGAAAAGGAAAACCUUGCCGGUGUCAAGUGCUGGAAAAAUUAAUCAUAAGCUUGAAAAAAAAAUGCCCUGCUGGCUGUAACCUGAGGUGCAGUCAUGAGGCGUAUCACUCCACCGAGCCCUUGUCCCAGAUAACAAAGAACAUCUCCAACGCCACCUAAAUUCUCACACCCUAUUGUCCCAUAUUUAAUCUAGUGAAAGAGGAAAAACCACCACCAAGGCCUCUCUGUUCCAUUUAGCUAAAUAAAAAGCCCUUGGCCUAUUUGUCAGUUUGCAGCUAUUACUUCCAAUCCCUUGGUGCCUCCGGCUUCUUCUGCUCCUUUAGCAUGAAGGGGAUUAGUUUCAAUUGCAUCCACUCAAAGAUAGCACAGGAGAGAAAAGUGUUUUAAUAACGACUUUACUCUAGAAAGGUUUGAUAUUUAAAGGGGUCAGCGGGCUUUCGGGGGUCAGCGUCUUUAAAGGGCCAUCAUUUUGCAGUAUGCUGACAGGUUCUGCUCCCCGUGGCUAGGGGGAGGUCAACGUUUACAGCUCAGCUAAAUUCGACUCCAGUCUUGUCUUGGAAAACUCUACUGGAGCAGGAAGAGGAAGUGGGACAGGAAGCGAGCAAGAGACCAGCUAAAAAAAACAAACAAAAAAAAAAACAACAACACACACACAAGCUCAAAUGUUAAAGUACUGCUGCAUUAUUUUGUGAAGUGUUAGCUUAGAAUCUUAGCCGCUAAAUACGUCAACAUGGGCCAGCUGCUGUCGUCAGAAGAGGAACUCUCCAGGGUGAAAUGGGCCAUUGGUAACCUUUUGUACCGGACCAUGUUGGAGGGUGGAGCUGUACCGAACCUGAGUGUAGUGCACCCCCUGCUGUUGGCCAACGAAGAACCUGGGGCCCACCUCCAGGCGCAAAUGCUGCAGCUGCAAGGGGAGAUUGGGAGCAGGGCACCCACCUACCUGAAGGAUCUGAUUGGACGACUAUCAUCAUUCUCGGACGAACCCCGUCUCGCCGGACUGCUGGGACUUGCCGUUACCAUGGUAAUGGACCUGCUUGUCGCGUCCUUGUCGCGAGCGGGAAAGACGGCGACCAGUCCAUCGUCGUGCCAGAGAGUGCGGGAGCUCCAAGAAGUCAUGGAGGAGUACUUGAAACGCUGCAGGAUCAACCUGGCUGAUAAAACACGACUCCUCCAGGACUCUCUGAGAAUGGAGGCCCAGCUCAGCCUCACACUGACCAAACUUAAGAUCUCUCUGGUGGAUGGGAAGUGCGACUCACAGUCUUUGAGGUUCUGGGCUAGCGGGGCGGCGUUCCAUACCCAAAUGUUGAUUCACUUGGCUGUCCUGGAGGGGCGAGACGAGCCCCUGUCAGCGAGGGCCGUGCUGGAGCAAUACAAGGAGGACCUGGCACAGAUGGUACCUGCUUACAGAUGUUAUAAGCGCAAUACGGUGUGUGUGGUGAAAUGACGAGGAGGCCAGCCUGCGUUGUCGUGUGAGCUGCAGGACGAAGGAUCCAUGACGGGGCUGAUGGUGAGCGAUCGGGAGAUGGGAAAGAGCGUCUCCGUUGCUCUUGCCGCCCUGGAGGCUGAGAUAGCUUCAUUGUCCUCACUCAACCUGGAGACGAUCACCUCGGAUCAGUACGCCCAGGCGUACGUGGAAAAGCUGUUCUCCGAAGACGGUCCCGUGGAGACGCUAAAGAACUACUUCGCCAAGGCCAGUGACAAGCUGAGAGUGUUGAGAACCGGACCGCCGGGGUGCCUGACUGGGACAGACAAAGAGACGGGACGAUGUGAAGGACACACGGUUAAAAUACAGGACGAGACGGACAAAAUGAACCAAAACAGUGAUGAAGAGUUGAAGUUGAGUAUUGUGGAGACACACAGUAUGUAAAAAAAACAAACAAACAAAAAAAACCAAUAAUAAUAAUAAUAUUAAUAAUAAUUAGUUUUUUUGCCAUGUUUACAAAGUUGAGAGUUCAAUUUGUCCAACUACUCGUGUCUAAAUCAUCUUUCCCCACUGAAAUGAAUAGUUACUGCAAUAUUGAUGCUAGCUUUGUUAGCCUGCCUAUGGUGUUUUGCACUGUGUGUGAGCAUCAAGCUAGUGGCUUUUCAUCAAAUAAA